AUGCAGCUCCAGCUUCAUUAUUCAGGAGAGCAGAGCAGCCGGAAGGAAACACCGGAAGGAAACACCGGAUGGAAGGAAACACCGGAUGGAAGGAAACACCGGAAGGAAACACCGGAAGGAAACACUGGAAGGAAACACUGGAAGGAAACACUGGAAGGAAACACCGGAAGGAAACACCGGAUGGAAGGAAACACCGGAUGGAAAGACCAGAAGGAAACACCGGAUGGAAGGAAACACCGGAUGGAAACACCAGAAGGAAACACCGGAUGGAAAGACCGGAUGGAAGGAAAGACCGGAUGGAAGGAAAGACCGGAUGGAAGGAAAGACCGGAUGGAAGGAAACACCGGAUGGAAGGAAACACCGGAUGGAAGGAAACACCGGAAGGAAGGAAACACCGGAAGGAAACACCGGAUGGAAGGAAACACCGGAUGGAAACACCAGAAGGAAACACCGGAUGGAAAGACCGGAUGGAAGGAAAGACCGGAUGGAAGGAAAGACCGGAUGGAAGGAAACACCGGAUGGAAGGAAACACCGGAAGGAAGGAAACACCGGAUGGAAGGAAACACCGGAUGGAAGGAAACACCGGAUAGAAACACCGAAUGGAAGGAAACACCGGAAGAAAACACCGGAUGGAAGGAAACACCGGAUGGAAGGAAACACCGGAAGGAAGGAAACACCGGAUGGAAACACCGGAUGGAAGGAAACACCGGAUGGAAACACCGGAUGGAAGGAAACACCGGAUGGAAGGAAACACCGGAUGGAAACACCGGAUGGAAACACCGGAAGGAAACACCGGAUGGAAACACCGGAUGGAAGGAAACACCGGAUGGAAGGAAACACCGGAUGGAAACACCGGAUGGAAACACCGGAUGGAAACACCGGAUGGAAACACCGGAUGGAGGGAAACACCGGAUGGAAACACCAGAUGGAUGGAAACACCGGAUGGAAGGAAACACCGGAAGGAAGGAAACACCGGAUGGAAACACCGGAUGGAAACACCGGAAGGAAGGAAACACCGGAUGGAAACACCGGAUGGAAACACCGGAUGGAAGGAAACACCGGAAGGAAGGAAACACCGGAUGGAAGGAAACACCGGAUGGAAGGAAACACCGGAUGGAAGGAAACACCGGAUGGAAGGAAACACCGGAAGGAAACACCGGAUGGAAGGAAACACCGGAAGGAAAGAAACACCGGAUGGAAACACCGGAUGGAUGGAAACACCGGAUGGAAGGAAACACCGGAAGGAAGGAAACACCGGAUGGAAGGAAACACCGGAAGGAAACACCGGAUGGAUGGAAACACCGGAUGGAAGGAAACACCGGAUGGAAGGAAACACCGGAAGGAAACACCGGAUGGAAGGAAACACCGGAUGGAAGGGAACACCGGAUGGAAGGAAACACCGGAUGGAAGGAAACACCGGAUGGAAACACCGGAUGGAAGGAAACACCGGAUGGAAGGAAACACCGGAUGGAAGGAAACACCGUAUGGAAACACCGGAAGGAAGGAAACACCGGAUGGAAACACCGGAAGGAAACACCGGAAGGAAACACCGGAAGGAAACACCGGAUGGAAACACCGGAUGGAAGGAAACACCGGAUGGAAGGAAACACCGGAUGGAAACACCGGAUGGAAGGAAACACCGGAUGGAAACACCGGAUGGAAACACCGGAUGGAAGGAAACACCGGAAGGAAGGAAACAUCGGAUGGAAACACCAGAUGGAAGGAAACACCGGAUGGAUGGAAACACUGGAUGGAAGGAAACACCGGAUGGAAGGAAACACCGGAUGGAAGGAAACACCGGAUGGAAGGAAACACCGGAUGGAUGGAAACACCGGAAGGAAACACCGGAAGGAAACACCGGAUGGAAACACCGGAGAAAAAUGA